UUGUUGCGCUGUCCGAGGUUUAUAAACGCAGACAUCGUCAAUUCACGCCGGCAUACAGUUCCACGUCGUGCGCAGGGCAGGUCUUCUGGUAACUUCUGCACUUUGUGGCGGAUACUUUUGCAAAGAAACGUGUUCACAUCAACAUGGUCGACAGCGUGUACCGAACCCGGUCGCUCGGCGUGGCCGCCCAGGGCAUACCCGACCAGUAUGCCGACGGCAAGGCAGCCAAAGUCUGGGAAUAUUACAUCGGUAGCAGGACAGACAGGACGGAGAACUACAGGCACUUUCUGGUAGACCUGUUGAAAUCCCAAAAUUGUCACUACAUCCUGGACGCCGCCUGCGGGACAGGCAUCGACUCUGUGAUGCUCCUGGAGGAAGGGUUUCGUGUCAUGAGUUGUGACGCCUCCGAUAAGAUGGUCCUGCACGCUUUCAGGGAGAGAUGGGCCCGCCGCAAGGAAGAGUGCUUUGACCAUUGGGAAAUUGAAGUUGCAAACUGGUUAACUCUCCCAGAGGACCUCCCUCAGGAGGGAGAAGGCUUCGACGCCAUCAUCUGCAUCGGCAAUUCCUUCGCUCACCUCCCGGACUUCGAGGGGACCCAGGAGAACCACCGUAUGGCUCUCAAGAACUUUGCCACCUUGCUGAAACCUGGCGGAGUUCUUAUCAUCGACCAUCGCAACUACGACACCAUCAUAGACACCGGCCGGGCACCGAUAAAGAACAUUUAUUACGUGGGUAGCUGCAUUAACGACAUCCAAACAUCGGUGCUGUAUGUCAACGGUCGGCCCUCCAUGGUGACGUUAGACUACUUCAUCUCCAUUGACAACCAACAUGACGAAGAGAACAACGAGAAGCAAGGAGUUAAAAAUGAGGUUUACAAGUUCCGUCUUUCUUACUAUCCUCACCGCCUGAAUGCAUUCACUGAACUUCUCAAGGAGGCCUUUGGCGAGAACAGCAAGCACUCUGUUUACGGGGACUUCAAGCCAUUCGUCGAGGGCGAAAACCCAUCUUACUAUAUCCAUGUCAUCGAAAAACCCCUCAGUUAAUUCCCAAAACGUGUCCGAACUCCUGUACAGUGGUAAUUCCCAGAAGCUGCGCUUGGGAGUCUGUAAUCAAGGUCACCACUUUUGGGGAAACAUGUAUGGGAGGUGUCCAAAAUAACGAUACAAUAGGCAGCGUAUUGAAAGCUGAAGUAAAAGUUAUCGUGGGAAUGCAUAUAGCUUGUAUUGCAUAUGCCUCUUACAAUGUGACGUCUUUUCAUCACUGACAUCCAAGUUUCUAGAAUAACGAGGUUCUUUAAGUACGACAACCAGUACUGACCAGGAAGUUAAAGAGGAAUAUGGAUGAUUUUUAAGUUCGUUUUUCAAAACAAAUGAUAAGUUUAAAGUUUUUGCCUGUUUAAAAAAAAUUAAAAUUAAAAAAACGGUCAGAAAACUUUUAGGACUUUCUCAGUAUAUUUUCCAUCAGUUAUUCGCAGAACUCAGACAUGCACAAAGAGCAGACGAUCAGAAAGGCAUAAUAAAAAGGGCGUUCAGAUUGCAUGUGUGCGAGCACUGCCUUGGAGGGAAACGUGUACGAGUCGACUCGUUAUAUGACAUUCUCACGGAACGAGGAGGGUCUGAACCCAUGUGCAGAGAGAAUUUGCUUAUGCAUGGAGUUUGAUGUCACAACUGAAAAAAGGCAUCUUUUACUCUUCGCCAGUGUGUCUUCUUUUUGCAAAAUAUGCACGUGUUUACUUUGACAUAGGCCUAUUUGCAAUUUUAAUAUCGGCAAUUUUGUAAAUAUUUGUAAAUUCUAUUCAUAGGAAUCAGGUAUAAAGUGUACAUAGAAAAAUUAUUCAGAAAUAAAAUAUUAGAAGAAACUCUUAUCUUGACAUAAAUAGU